GGAAGAGGCGUUGAGUAGAGAUGCCGAGCGCAGCCGGGCGUUGGGACGAUCGCGGCUCGCGUGCCGGUGGCCAUUCCGACGCAGGGCCUUGCACUGACGACCGCCAUAAGAACCCUGCACGGUCGCCGCCUCCCCGCCCUGCGCAUGCUUCCGCCCUCUUGCCUAAUCGCGCCGCCGCCGCCAUCCACGACAGCGACGACCCAUCCUACAGCAGAUACCCCGUACCGUAGUCAUCUGCGGCUGUAAGCAUUCUCGUCCAACGCUGGGCAUUCUCGGCGACAAGCCGACGGCGGUCACCGUCCAUUGCCAUUACUUAUCUCCACAUCCUUCGGAUCUCUUCCUCAACGCUUUCGCGCUAACCAUCACGGCCCCUACGCUUUUACGACUCUGUCCGACCAAACGACCGACCGUCCUUUCUCGAACAUAAUCCUAGAGAGGUCUGGUACGACUAGCAUUUCUACACCAUGUCACGAUUCGAUAUGUUUGAGGUUUCCAUCCCUCACAUCAUCUAUGCCGCCCUCGGUGCCUUCGUUGUCAUUUUCGGCAUGUUCUCUCUGUUUAUCCGAGAGAAGCUGUACAUCGGAGAAGCAUGUUGGGCAUUUCUAUUCGGGGUCGUCAUCGGCCCGUACGGUGCAAACAUAUUCAACCCCCGCGACUGGGGCGGGGGCAACGUUGAGACCACCAACACCAUCACUCUUGAAUUCUGCCGUGUCGUUCUCGCCAUCGGCGUCUUCGCCAUUGGCGUCGAAUUGCCCAAAGCGUACAUGGCGAGGCACUGGAAGAGCCUUUUCUUCCUGCUCUUCCCUGUCAUGACUUGGGGCUGGUUUGUGUCAGCUGGCCUCAUAUAUGCACUCAUUCCCGGACUCAACUUCCUCUCGUCCUUGGCAGUUGCAGCCUGUCUCACGCCUACAGACCCCAUCUUGGCCGCGGCCGUCGUCGGCGGUAAGUAUGCGGACAAGCACGUCCCCGCGCACCUUCGUCACCUCCUUGCCGCGGAGUCGGGCUGUAACGACGGCGCGGCGUUCCCCUUCCUCUUCAUCUCACUCUACCUCAUCAACGACGGUUCGGUGGGCAAGGCCGUCGGCGACUGGUUCUUGUUCCUAUGGCUCUACCAGAUCAUCCUCGGCGCCGUGCUGGGCGCAAUAAUCGGCUUCGCCUUUCGGCACCUCAUGAAAUUCUGUGAGCGCACAGACUUGAUCGACCGGCAGUCGUACGUUGCGCAGUACGUCUCGCUCGCGAUGCUCACCAUCGGCAUCAACACGCUCCUCGGCUCGGACGACCUCCUCGCUGCCUUCUCGUGCGGGUCCGCGUUCGCGUGGGACGGGUUCUUCAACCGGCAGACGGAGCAGGCCGUAUUCUCGUCCGUCAUCGAUCUGUUGUUCAACAUCGCCUCGUUUGUGUUCAUCGGCGCGUGGAUGCCCUUUGAUGCGUUCUCGGACUCGUCGCUGACGCUCAGCGUAUGGCGUCUCAUCGUCAUCGCGAUCCUGGUCCUGCUGCUCAGGCGGCUGCCCAUCAUGAUCGCCCUGUACAAGUGGAUCCCGGACGUGAAGACGUUCCGGGAGGCCAUCUUCAGCGGGCACUUCGGCCCCAUGGGAGUUGGCGCCGUGUUCAUCUCCACCCUCGCGGCGGGGCAGCUCCCCAAGCCCGAGGACCCGCCCGCGAACCAGCGCGAGCUGCUCGCGGCGUCCAUCCAGCCGAUCGUCGCGUUCAUGGUGCUCUGCUCGAUCACGAUCCACGGGCUGUCGAUCCCGUUCUUCUCGCUCGGGCGGCGCGUGCACUCCGUGACGCGCACCUGGUCGCGGCACGACACGUUCGGGACGUUCACGGGCGGGCGCGGCGCGAUGCCCGAGUGGACGACGCACACGCGCCAGGUGCGCCCCGGCGAGGAGAUCGUCAUCAACCGCGACCGCGAGGACGCGAUGGAGCGCGGCGUGGUGCCCGCGCAGGAGGACAGCGUCACGGAGAAGGAGCACAGCGAGUCGAGCCAGGAGCGGGACUAUGCGGAGACGCGCAGGCCGGACGGCACGGACGUGCGCGACGAAAACGCGCCGGACGGGGACGACCUCGAGGAGGAGUGGCGCGAGGGCCCGCACAGAAUUUUGGAGAAGCGUGCAGGGCCAGGAGAAGAGGUCGAAGUCGAAGUGCAAAGGAACUUCUAUGGCCCAGAGCCGACGGCGACCGACACCGUGCGCGUCGCGGAGGACGCGGCGGAACAUGUGGUAGGGGAGAUCAAACAGAGAGUAGGGAGCGGCACGCAAGAGCUAGAGUCGAUCGUGGAGAACGCGCAGCGCAACCUUCAAGAAGGCGCGUCACACGUGGAAGGAAAAGCGAGGGAGAUGGAGGGCCGCGCACAGGAAGGGGGACGGCAUUUCAUGUCGAUCCUCCAAGGAGAAGGAGAAGGAGCAGAUGAGGCAGAUGAAGGUUGGAUGUCGGAUGCCAGCGACGGAGGGCGCAGGCCCGAGGGCAAGCGGCGCAUCAAGAAGCCCAACCGCAAGAAGGGGUCCAUCCGCCGCCACCCCGGGAGCCAUCGCGGGCCCCAGCGGAGCGCGAGCAUAGACCAAGCCGGCUUGAGCGAGGCACAUAAGGAAGAGCAGGAGAAGCACGAUGCGGGCUCGGAGUCGCCUGAGGAGCGCCGUGGGCGCAACUCGCCUGAGCCGGAGGGCGCGGUGACGCCAGCAUCCUCGAUGCGCUACCCUCGAGUGCGACAUUCGCGCGUAGACUCCAUCCGCACGGACCUGCGCUCCCGCGAGCAGUCGCCGUCGCGCUCUGUGCGCUCUGUGCGCUUUGCCGACCAGCGCUCGCCCAGUGGGUACAACACCCCGCGCAUAUUCUCGCCGUCGUCGCCAGCGACGCCGCUGCCCGGGAGCGAGGCGCCGUCUGAAGACGAGGCCGAGCAAUCACAGAAUAACCACCAUUCCGACGACUCCCCUCGCAAUGUCCGUUUCUCCCUUCCCGAUAUCAGGCGGUAGUCGUCUCUGCCUCUCAAUUCGCCUGUCCUCUUGAAUAGGUUGCGUGCGUGCGUUGCGAUUCGCUAGAUGCUAGGUCUCGUUGUAGAUAUGUUCAUCUAGUGUGAACCAUAUGGACUUUGUAAUAGGUGUCCGUCGUGUGUGUAUCAUUUAUCCGUACAUAGCAUCUUUUCCCGUCUUCUCGAUUACCCUGCUUGCAUUGCCGUCUGCUCAACUCGCAUGCAUCGAUUGUAUCACGUAGCAUUCGUCGCAAUAGUCUCUCGCAUCCUCAGUUCCUUUGACACUCUGCAAUCUACAUUGCUACUACAUUGU